ACCUUGUAAACAUGGCCACCCUGGCGGAUGUGGGUUGGAAGCUCCUCGAGUUUAAAGCGAGAUCCAAGCGCUCAGUAGCUUCUUAGUUGUGUCUGAAAGACGAUUACCGUAAAGUGCACCUUUCGAAAAUGGCCACCUCUGCAUCCGAACGCCACGGCUGUCAAAAACUUGACCGACAUGGUUCCAUCUAUGAACCGCUCAAGCUCUCAAAUCUUCCUCGUGAGGAUGAGCCCAUGUGGGAGAAACUGGACCGGUUCUACAGUGCAGUGAAAUCCACCAUCCUGAACUUCCAGAGUCCCACCACAGGCCUCUUCCCCGUGAAGACAUGUUCCAACUGCAAGGAGGCCAAAGUGAGGGAUACGCUGUACUGUGCAGCCAGCGUCUGGGCACUUGCGCUCGCCUACAGGCGGAUCGAUGACGACCUGGGCCGAACCCACGAGCUUGAGCACUCUGCCGUCAAGUGCAUGAGAGGCAUCCUGUACUGCUACAUGCGCCAGUCAGACAAGGUAGAGCAGUUCAAGCAGGACCCGAACCCAUCCAAAUGCCUGCAUUCAGUCUUCAAUGUUCACACAGGGGAUGAGAUCAUCACCUAUGAUGACUAUUGUCAUCUUCAGAUUGAUGCCGUCUCGCUCUUUCUACUGUACCUGGUUGAGAUGAUCUGUUCCGACCUGCAGAUAAUUUACAACACAGAUGAGGUGUCUUUCAUCCAGAACCUGGUCUUCUGCGUGGAGAGGGCCUACAGGGUGCCCGACUUCGGUAUGUGGGAGCGCGGCAGCAAGUACAACAAUGGGAGUACAGAGCUGCAUUCCAGCUCAGUUGGCCUUGCCAAGGCGGCCCUCGAAGCCAUCAACGGGUUCAACCUGUUUGGAAAUCAGGGCUGCUCCUGGUCAGUCAUCUUUGUGGACCUUGAUGCCCACAACAGGAACCGGCAGACACUGUGCUCACUGCUUCCCAGGGAAUCCCGAUCGCAUAACACGGACGCCGCCCUGCUGCCCUGCAUCAGCUACCCAGCAUUUGCCGUGGAUGACGAUGCCCUCUACAGCCAGACAUUGGACAAGGUGGUGCGCAAGCUGCGCGGGAAAUACGGCUUCAAGCGCUUCCUGCGGGAUGGAUACCGCACAGCCAACGAGGACAAGAACCGGCGAUUCUACAAGACUGCUGAAAUGAAGCUCUUUGAUGGCAUUGAGUGCGAGUUCCCAAUGUUUUACAUCUUCAUGAUGAUCGACGGUGUGUUCCGGGGGAAUUCAGGCCAAGUCAAGGAGUAUCAGGAAUUGCUACAGGCGACUGUGUUCCAGACCUACGACGGCCACACGGUCGUGCCAAAGUACUACUAUGUGCCAGCGGACUUUGUGGAAGCGGAGCAGAAGCGGCCCGGCAGUCAGAAGCGUUUCCCCAGCAACUCCGGCCAUGACGGAAAGCUCUUCCUGUGGGGGCAGGCGCUGUACAACAUCGCCAUGCUGCUGGUGGAUGGCUUGAUUAGCCCCAAGGACAUCGACCCCAUCCACCGCUAUGUGCCUCCUCAAGAGCAGAGGAAUGUCAGCAUGCGCUACUCCAACCAGGGUCCCAUAGAAAAUGAUGUGGUGACCCAUGUAGCCUUGAUUGCUGAGAGUCAGAGGCUACAGGUGUUCCUCAACACAUACGGCAUCCAGACCCAGACCCCACAGCAGGUGGAACCUAUCCAGAUCUGGCCCCAGAAGGAGCUGGUGAAGGCAUACCGUUUCCUGGCGGUCAAUGAGAAGCUAGGUCUGAGCGGUCGCCCUGAGAGGCCUGUAGGCUGCAUUGGGACCUGCAAGAUCUAUCGAAUUCUGGGGAAGACGGUCGUGUGCUACCCCAUCGUCUUUGACCUCAGUGACUUCUACCUAUCCCAGGAUGUCAUGCUGCUGAUUGAUGACAUCAGGAAUGCCCUGCAGUUCAUCAAACACUGCUGGAAGAUGCCUGGAAGACCCUUGUUCCUGGUCCUCAUCAGAGAAGACAACAUCAAGGGGAGCCGUUUCACCCCCGUCCUCGAUAUGCUGGCAUCGUUCAAGAAGGGGAACGUCGGGGGAGUGAAGGUCCACGUGGACAGACUUCAGACGCUGAUAUCAGGAGCAGUUGUGGAACAACUUGACUUUCUCCGCAUAAAUGAAGCUGACAAAAUACCCGAGUUUAAGAGUUUCGAGGAACUCGAGUUGCCCAAGGACUCCAAGGUGAAGCGGCAGAUGAGCACACCCAACCUCUCCGACCUGGAGCAGCAGCCCGAGAUUGACAUCGACGAGUGGACCAGGAAGUCCAGCACUGAGAUUCUUCAGAAGUUCCACGACUGCGACUGUCUGGCCACUCAGGCACAACUCGCCAGCAUCCUGCAGAGGAAAGAGGGGCCAGAGUUCCUCGCCAGAGACGAAAACCUGAUGGACGAGCUGGAGAGAAUCUACAGAAGGGCUGGAAGCCGGAAACUUUGGCUGGCUGUACGUUACGCCGCUGCUUUAACCAGGAAGUUUGCCAGUUCUAUAGCGCCACACAUUACCACAGUGUUGGUCCAUAGUAAACAGGUAACCCUGGGGGUCUUUGGUCACGAAGAGGAGGUGAUCUCCAACCCGCUGUCCCCAGGGGUCAUCCAGGGCAUCAUCUACAGCAAGUGCAGCCCCUAUUGCGAGAGGGAAGCUGUGUUACAGCAGGAGCUGGUGAUCCACAUUGGCUGGAUCAUCUCCAACAAUCCAGAGCUCUUCAGAGGCAUGCUCAAGAUCAGAAUUGGCUGGAUCAUCCAAGCCAUGAAGCAGGAGCUGAAGAUCAGGGCCAUGGACACACCAGUCCAGGACAUUUACCAGCUGUCCCCCAGUGAUGUCAAGCAGCUGCUCCUGGACGUGCUGCAGCAGCAGCAGUCUGGACGCUCCUGGUUGAACCGGCGACAGAUUGAUGGCUCCUUGAACCGAACCCCUUCGGGCUUCUAUGACCGCGUGUGGCAGAUUCUGGAGAGGACACCCAAUGGGAUUGUGGUUGCUGGUGAGCACUUGCCACAGCAACCAACACUAUCAGACAUGACCAUGUACGAGAUGAACUUCUCCCUCCUGGUUGAGAACACGCUGAAAAACAUCGUCCUGCCUGAGUACAGACAGAUCAUCGUGGAGCUUCUUAUGGUCGUGUCCAUUGUCCUGGAGAGAAACCCGGAGCUGGAGUUCCAGGAGAAAGUGGACCUUGACAGGCUGGUGAAAGACGCCUUCAACGACUUCCAGAGGGAUCGCAAAGAGCUGCAAAGGACAGAGAAAGAGGCUGACAUGGAGUCCUUCUACAACACCCCCCCGCUAGGGAAAGGGGGCACCUCCAGCUAUUUGACCAAGGCUGUGAUGAUCCAGCUUCUGCAAGGCGAUGUGAAGCCCAGCAAGGAUGACCCCUGUUCGGUCAGCUAAGUGGGGCACCCCCAACCCACACCGUGACUUAAACACUUAGGACCGAUAUUAAACCCCUAGUUCACCGAUUCAGGCCUUAGUCGGAGUCCCAGCAUGACCUCAGUUAGCCCUCCAGUGGAACUUCUCGGCUGCUGGUGGCACUUGGCUGCAGGUCCUACACUGAAUGUACUUUGUCCAAGUAUGAGGGGGUGGGAAUGUUUGCAUGGCACAUGGAGAGCAUGAGUGCAGUAGUGGCUAACGUCAAGCCUAAUGUAGUUUUUUCUUUUUUGUUAACUAGAGAACAGUGUAAUCAAACUGUGAAAGAGGAAACACAUAUGAUGAAGUUUCAAAUGCUCUUGGCUACAUCUGUGUUAUGUGGUGUUCCUUAAGGUAAAUCUGUUUGUCAGAGAAAAUAGUAAAAGUUUUCUUGUUUUUGCCCG